GUGGAUAGCUUGCCAAACAUCCAUGGCGCACGUGGCCGCGCCCUUGAUUGUGUAUCUUCCAAAUUUCGACAGGUCUUUCUGCCUACAAAUCAUGCAGAGCAGCAGCAGCCGCCGAUGUAGCGCAUGCCUGGAAUGCGGAGAAGACUUCAGGCAGACUAGGGCUAGGACAGGAGAAUUGCUUCGGAGCUUUGUAGACGAGGCUGGGUUAGCAGACAGGUUUCCCGGCUUUCAGUCGGGAGCCGCGGGCCCAAACUUGUUCGCUCUAUGUAAACGUUCGGGUUGUCUGCUGGAGCUGUACAAGAAGCACGAGUGGGCGCGGAGCAGGGAACGCGUAGCGCGGAAGGCAAAGCAGACGCCGCGCCACAGCCGGACCUGGAGCGCCGCUCCUGAACCUGUCACGCACCACAAACGCCGGCGGUUUGAUCGGUACUGUACUUCGCCUGAGGCGGUGGACGCCUUGCGGGAUGCUGUUGCUAUAACGGGUUGUGUUUUGGACAUGUGCGGCGGACCUGACGACGCGGUGGCAAUGGGGUUUGGCGGCACGUGUGAAGUUCUCACGAACGACGUGAGCUCGAGGUAAGGAGGUGCAGUUUUUCGAGUGAAGUCGUUUUCGAUAUUGUGUUUCCGGCAGUGCUGUGUGUCAGUGUGUGUCGAUAGCCCCUAGUGAAACGCAACGAUGGCGCACUCACACUUUACCUCCCAAUGCAUAUUCCGUCCGCCACACAAGGCUCUCGCCAGGUACCAACCUGGACGCAAGCUUGCUUUCUUUUCCGGAUGAUUUUGUCAAAGCCAACCCCGGAAAGCGACCUGACUGGGUCGUCACGAGCCCUCCAUACAAGGGUGCAGUGGGGUUUGUGAGGGCGGCUUUGGCGGUAGCGACGAAAGGCGCGGCGCUGAAAUUGCCGCUGUCGUUCCUAGAGCCCUGUGCCGACCGUGGUGGUUGGCUUCUAGAUAACCCCCCGGCUGUGUGCGUUUUUUUACGGAGGGCCAAGUACACACGUGUUCACCACGUGAAAGUCGGAGAAUUUUGGGGUGUGUGGUACACCGAUGGAGGCU